CAAACUCCUCCAGUAUUGUCACCUUCUCCUACCUAAAUUUUCGUUCAGAUUUCCACCUGAGAGCAAUGGCAUCAAGCUUUUUCAAUUCUUCUCGCGGUCCUAACUCCUCUUGGACGCCAAAGCAAAAUAAGCAAUUCGAGAAGGCUCUGGCUUUGUAUGACAAGGACACUCCAGACCGCUGGCAAAAUGUGGCCAAGGCCGUGGGUGGGAAAUCCGUCGAGGAAGUAAGAAGGCACUACGAGAUCCUUGUACAGGACCUGAUAAAUAUAGAAUCUGGUCAAGUCCCGCUGCCCAAUUACAAGGCCGCGGCAGGGAGCAACGGCAGAGGAUUUGAGGACGAGCAGAGGUAAUGCACUGAUAACUUUUUACCCAUUACUGCAACUAUAUAAUCUCCAU